AUGGCCAACUUCUGCGCGCUGGUCACCACCGCGUUCCUCUCGUUCGCCGCGCUCAUUCUCGCCAUUGUCGCGUGCGCCGGUUCCACCAGCAACUACGACCCCAUCAACAAAAUUUACGCCGCUCAGCUCGACCUCUCGGACCUCAACGUCGACGCCGUGCUCGCCAACGUGUCGUCGUCCGCGUCGUCGCUCUCGCUCAGCUCGCUCGGCCUGCCCUCGUACAUCAACGUCGGGCUGUGGUCCUACUGCCUCGCCGACGCGUCUGGCGACGUCACCAACUGCACUUCGCCCAGUGGCAUCCAGCAGUUCAACCUCAGAAACCUGCUCUACGACAACAUCGACAACAACCAGGUCCUCGAGCUCAUCGACAGCGUGUCGCAGCUCGUGCUCCCAGAAAAGCUCCAGGACAACCUCAAAUACUACAACGACCUCGUCAAGUGCAUGUUCAUCACCCUGAUCAUCGGGAUCGUCGCCUCCUUCAUCAACUUCGCCCUCAACAUCGUGCGCUGGCUGCUGCACUUCCUCGUGAUCACGUGGUUCGCCCGUUUCUUCUCGCUCGUCGCUUUCCUCAGUCUCAUCAUCUCCGCGGGCACCAGCACCGGCACCUACGUGUACAUCAAGCAUGUGCUUUCGGACAACUACGACGACUACGGCAUCAGCCUCGACCUGGGCCGCAACUUCUACGCCCUGCUGUGGGCCAGUGUGGCCGCUGCGCUCUUGAACCUAAUCACGUGGUUCGCCGUUAGGUCCAAGCGGUAUGCAUACGUGCAGCCCAUCGAGGAGAAACCGCUUGUAUGA